AUGGCGCGCGACGGCCGCAAGACUUCAUCGCGCGCCCGCCGAUGCCCGCCCCCGGCGUGGCGGUUCCGGCAACGCGGCGUUCCGCCGGGUGCUGAGACCUGGCCGCGGAGUCCUCGGCUCUCUGAGGGCCGCACGGCGCUGGUGCCACCGCGAAGAAGAGUCGAACUAAAGUCCAGCCCGGCCCUGGGCCCGGUAUCGCAGCCCCCGGACCCUUCAGGUAAUGAAAAGCCGGCACCCGAGGUCUGCGGACGAGCCGGUGCCAGCGGUGCCGAGCCGAGCCCUCCUGGUGCCGAGCCCUCCCGGUGCCGUGCCCUGCCGGUGCCGAGCCCUCCCGGUGCCGAGCCCUGCCGGUGCCGAGCCCUGCCGGUGCCGUGCCCGUGCCGAGCCCUCCCGGUGCCGAGCCCUCCCGGUGCCGUGCCCGUGCCGAGCCCUCCCGGUGCCGAGCCCUCCCGGUGCCGAGCCCUCCCGGUGCCGUGCCCUCCCGGUGCCGAGCCCGUGCCGAGCCCUCCCGGUGCCGUGCCCGUGCUCGCGUCGCGCUCUCCGGCGGCGCCCUCCGCCAUCUUGCCCGUCUGUCUGUCCGCUGCCCUUUGUCUGUCCGCGGCUUCUGGCGCCUGCGGCAACCGGGCAAGGGACCGGGUAAAAGGGGCGAAACAGGGAGGUUCUGCGGCGGGACCUCCCCUGCCAGGGCCGGUCUAUCUGUCAGGGCUGCCCGGUCGGGACCUCGGGGGCCCGGGCAGGGUUCCUGCGUCCGCCCUGAUGCCAGAGGAGCAGCAUCCCUUUGUCUGUAUGUCCGGCCGCUUGCGGGCCCGGUCCUUCCUGCCUUCUCCCGUGUGCUGGGACUGCUGGCUGGAUCCCGCUGUCUGGGGAGAAAGCUGAUGGGAUGCCUGUGUCUCUCUGUCACCAAAAGGCUGAUGAAAUGCUUGUGUUUGUCCCUCUGAGGAGGCUGACGGUAUCUCCGUGACCAUGUGUUUUGUGGGAAAUGGGUUCAACUCCUCCUUUUGUCUGUCUCUCUGAGAGGACUGCUGGAAAUGCCACCUUCCUCUGUCAAUUCAACGGCAAGGACGAUUAUUAAGCUACAGGAAUAGGCAGGAGGAAGUAGGGUGUUGGGACUGAGGUUGCAGUAAUUUUUGAAAGGGACACUCAUCUUUUUGGGGGGUCACAAUCGCUUAAACCUUUGCCUGAGAUCUCGUGCAGUGCUUUGUGACAUGCUUGUGGAUUGUGUUGGAUGCUGGCCUGGAAACCAGCUGUGGUGAUGCAGAGCGAUCCCUGAAGGCAGAAGGGUGGGGAAUGACCCUGGGGCAGCCAGCGGAGUUUGGCCAGGGACUUGGAGGGUUUCAGUGAAGUGUAUGACAGACUCUUCUCU